GGCGAUCGUCGGGUUUAUCGGCAUUCAUUUUAGUGACGUUACUGACGAUUCAGCUUGUGAUUAGUUAAUUAACAAGGGUAAAUAUUAAAGAGUUGAAGAUGUCGGGGUCCGCUUUUAUGAGACAAUUGUCAGAAUCGAAACCGAUACCGAACAGGAGAGAUUCCGAAUCUCUAGACUCCACAGGAAGUUACUCCACCACUCCUGGUGGCUCCCUGUAUUCCACCACCCCGGGAGGCUCGAAAAUUGUUUAUGACAAGUCGUUUCUGUUGACCCUUCGGAAUUCGCCGCUUGCAAGAACACCUCCCCAGUACUAUCUGCCCGACAACGUUAUCAAAGGGUCCCCUCAUACGAAAAAUGGGUACAACAAGGCACAGAAGAGGACCAUGUUUAGAAGGUAUUCGAACCAAAACAGCUGCGAAGAUCACUCCGAACAGUUCCAGUUAGAAAUUUAGUUUCUACCUUUACGUUUUUAUAUUAUAAUUAUUGUUAUUAUUCUAAACAAUAAAUGUUAUUGUUAAAAAUCUUUUGCUGUACCUGCAUUCUUAUGCGCUUAUGAAUAUUUCUAAGUACUUGUGUUUUUUAUUGUACUGUAUUGUAUGUUGUCAUUUGUUUUUUUUUGUAUUAGGAUUUAUGUUUUAAUCUUAUUGUGGCGUUUUAGCCACAUUAUUUCACCGAUUCUUUUGUAUGUUUCUAGUUAUCUAUAAAUAUAUAAGUAUGCACUUUU